AUGGAUUCGGACUAUUACCUUGUGGCAGCCGAGGUUCUCACCCGUCUUAAUGUAGCAGCAAAGCUGCAAACACAACAAAUAGCAGAAGCAAAACGUGAGCUAAUUUCCUCACCCAAUGACAACAUUGAACACGAUCAUCGCAUGCACCCGACCUUCAACUUUGAGCCGGUUGAUCGCCUCUACAAACGUGCCAUGCCCAUGUUGAAAUUUGAUCCCUCCAAGCCGGAGGAAAAACAUUUAGAAUUUUGGAAUGACGUUGCCCAGGAUACGUUGAGUCAACAAUUGGCCAGUAAAUCGCUGCUCAAUACGAAUAUGGCAAAAAAUGUGAUCAUGUUUUUGGGUGAUGGUAUGUCCAUACCCACGAUAACGGCGGGACGUGUUUACCUGGGUGGUGAAGAGAAACAAUUUACAUUCGAGAAAUUCCCCUACAUUGGACUCAGUAAGACCUAUUGUGCCAAUUCCCAAGUGGCCGAUUCCGCCUGUACAGCCACAGCCUAUUUGGGUGGUAUAAAGGCGAAUUAUGCCACCGUCGGUGUAACCGCUGCCAUUGAGCUGAACGAUUGUCGGGGACAAAAUAUUAGCGAACAUCAUGUCCACUCUAUUGCCGCUUGGGCUCAAGCUCAGGGUAUGGCCACGGGCCUUAUCACAACCACCACAGUGACUCACGCCUCGCCCGCAGGUGUUUAUGCUCAUGCCGCAAAUCGUAAUUGGGAAAAUGAUGCGGAAAUUGUCAAGACCAACAAUGAUCCGACGCAAUGUCAAGAUAUUGCCACUCAGCUGAUUUACAAUGAUGUUGGACGUAAAUUGAAUGUCAUUUUCGGUGGGGGUCGUGAACAUUUUGUACCCACCUCAGAGGGUGGUAAACGUUUGGAUGGUCGUAAUUUAAUCAAAGAGUGGAAAGAGUUGCACGGCUCCCAUGCUACCUUCAUUCAGACUAAGGACGAACUGAAGAAUCUACCCAAAAAUACCGAACGUGUUAUGGGUAUGUUUGCCAACAAUCACAUACCCUAUCAUUUGGAUGCAGAUCGAUCGGCCAUACCUAGUCUCAGAGAAAUGGUUGCCGAAGCAUUGGAAAUUCUUGAGCGUCAAAGUAAUGGAAAAGGUUAUUUCCUGUUCGUCGAAGGCGGACGCAUUGAUCAUGCCCAUCAUGACACCUUGGCCCUGAAGGCUCUCGAUGAAACUGCCGAAUUUGAUAAAGCCAUACGCUAUGCCCGUCAACAAACCUCUCAAGAUGAUACCCUUAUUGUUGUGACAUCGGAUCAUUCCCAUACCAUGUCUGUGGCGGGUUAUUCCAGCCGUAAAAAUGAUAUCUUUGGUAUUAACAAUGGCCAAUUGGCUUUGGACCAGCUGCCUUAUGCUACGCUCUCCUAUGCCAAUGGUCCGGGUUAUGGAAAUAAUGUGCUAAAAGUUGGUCCCGGAUUGAAGAGGAAAAAUCUCCAUGAAAUCAAUAUGAAACACAAAGAUUAUCAAUUCCCCACAACGGUACCUUUGGAAUCGGAGACACAUGGUGGUGACGAUGUGGCCGUCUUUGCCAGUGGUCCCUUUGCCCAUCUCUUUACGGGAGUGUAUGAACAGAAUUUCAUACCUCACGCCAUGGCGUAUGCUUCGUGUUUGGGUUCCAAACGCACCGCCUGUCAUGACGGGUUUCAUCAUAGUCGGAGGCAGUAA